CAUGCUCUUGUCGCCGCUCACGGCCGGCGCAGCGCUCGUGUCGCCAGGCAAGCUCUACCUCGGCAUCGAUGCCGGCACGCAGAGCACCAAGGCCCUCGUCUACGACGCGGCUCAGCGCGCGGUCGUCGGCCGCGGCGCCGUCAGCUACGAGAUGCUUGAGUCGGACGUGGUCGGACGUGCCGAGCAGGACCCUGCCGUCUGGGUCGACGCCAUGUGGCGCGCGUGCCGCGAGGCCCUGGCCGACGCCGGUGGCGACGCCGCUUCCCGGAUCUGCGGCAUCGGAGUGAGCGGCCAGCAGCACGGCCUCGUGGCGCUCGACGCUUCUUACGAGGUGAUCCGGCCGGCGAAGCUGUGGUGCGACACGGAGAGCGCCGAGGAGGCGGCCGAGCUGAGCAAGAGCCUGCCCGUGCCCAUCGUGGCCAGCUUCACCGCCUCGAAGCUUCUCUGGCUCAAGCGGCACGAGGCGGCGGCGUGGGCGCGCCUCGCACACGUCGCUCUGCCGCACGACUACCUCAACUACGUGCUCACGGGCGAGCUGGUGAUGGAGGGCUCGGAUGCCUCCGGCAUCGGGCUGCUCGACGUCGGCGCGCGCGCGUGGGACGCCUCCGCCGCUCGGCUCGUCGACGCGGAGCUGCUCGACAAGCUUCCCCCUCUGAUCGGGCCGGGGGAGUGGUGCGGCCGGCUGCAGACCUCCGCGGCUGAGGCGCUCGGCCUGCCGCGUGGUGUGCCCGUCUCGGCGGGCGGCGGCGACAACGCCAUGUCGGCGCUCGGCUGCGGCUGCACAUCCGUCGGCCGCGUCGCUGUCUCGCUCGGCACGAGCGGCACUGUGUUUGGGAAGGCGCCCGCCGCCGCGCGCGACCCGAGCGGCACCGUCUGCAGCUUCCUCGACUCGACGGGCGGCGGGCUGCCGCUCGUCUGCACGCUCAACUGCGCGUCGGUGCUCUCCCGAGGCGCUGCCGCUCGCCCGUCACCCGGGCCCACGUCCAGACGCCUUCGCGAUGGAGCCGCCUGCAGGUGCCCGAGGAGGUGCGGGCUGGGUACGGCCUCGGCCGCGACGAAAUCAGCUCGCUCGCCGCCGCGGAGCCCGCCGGCUGCGACGGCGUGAGUUUCGUCCCGUUCCUCGCGGGCGAGCGGACGCCAAAUUGGCCUCACGCGAGCGGCGCGCUGGUCGGGCUGCGAGCCGGCCACUUGGCGCGCCCCGGGCUGCUCUACCGCGCGGCCCUCGAGGGGGCCACGUUCGCGCUCCGGGCGGCCAUCGGCGUGAUGCAGCGGCACGGGCUGCCCGACCGCAUCGACGAGGUGCGACUCGUCGGCGGCGGUGCGCGGUCGCCGCUCUGGCGCCAGACCGUUGCCGACGCGUUUGGCGCGCGCGUCGCGUGCCCGUUGGAGCCCGAGUCGGCCGCGCUCGGCGCGGCGCUGCA